AUGUCGUCUAGCUGGGAAAUCCGGAUGUCCAACUCCAAGGGCAUCCCAUACUACUUCAACGCUAGCACCAAGCAAUCAAGCUGGGACGCCCCCUCAGAGUUAUCGGAUGAGGAGAUCAAAUCUCUUCCCGGCGCAAACUACUUGAGUGGCGGCAGCAGCGGAGGUGCUGGGACAAUCACGGCGAGUCAUUUGUUGGUGAAGCACAAGGACAGUCGGCGGCCGUCGAGUUGGAAGGAGACGAAUAUUACGCGCUCUAAGGAAGAGGCUAUUGAAAUUCUCCGAGGAUAUCAGGCACAAGUUGGUAACUCGCGCGAAAAGUUUGAAGAGCUGGCGAGUCAACAUUCCGACUGUUCAUCGCAUUCCCAGAAGGGAAACCUCGGUCCCUUUUCGAAAGGUCAGAUGCAGAAGCCGUUUGAAGAUGCUGCGUUUGCUCUGCAGGUCGGAGAGUUCAGCGACAUCAUCAGCACAGACAGCGGUGUGCACAUCAUUUUCAGAACAGCAUAG